CCGCCCCACAGCGCGCACAUUCUUCUGCCUUGUAAGGCCGGGCAGCCCGCCCCGCUCGCCGGCCCAGCCCCUCCCGACGGCGGCUCCGCACCGGCUUCGCACCCGGCUCCGCACCAGCUCUGCGCACCGAGAGUACCUUCUCCGCACCAGGGAAGACCCACCCACUGAAGCCAAGAUGUCCAGUAAGCGAGCCAAGGCCAAGACCACCAAGAAGCGGCCACAGCGGGCCACAUCCAAUGUCUUCGCGAUGUUUGACCAGUCCCAGAUCCAGGAGUUUAAGGAGGCCUUCAACAUGAUCGACCAGAACCGAGAUGGCUUCAUUGACAAGGAGGACUUGCAUGACAUGCUGGCCUCCCUGGGGAAGAACCCCACGGAUGAGUACCUGGAGGGCAUGAUGAGCGAGGCCCCUGGACCCAUCAACUUCACCAUGUUCCUGACCAUGUUUGGGGAGAAGCUGAACGGCACGGACCCCGAGGACGUGAUCCGCAACGCCUUUGCCUGCUUCGACGAAGAGGCCUCAGGUUUUAUCCAUGAGGACCAUCUUCGGGAGCUGCUCACCACCAUGGGUGACCGCUUCACAGACGAGGAAGUGGACGAGAUGUACCGUGAGGCACCCAUUGACAAGAAAGGCAACUUCAACUACGUGGAGUUCACCCGCAUCCUCAAACACGGUGCCAAGGACAAAGACGACUAGGCCUCCCAAGGCCCCCAUGUCCAGCCCCUGUCCCAGUCACCUGCUCCACACACACACAGUCUGCACCUGCUCAUGCCCAGGGGACCUACUCAGGGGAGCCUCCCUCUGAGGGAUUAGGGCCCAGCUCCCAGUGGAGGAAACAGGCCCAGAGAGGCAGUGCCAGGCAAGGAUCACACAGCCGCUGUGAGGCAGGUGUGCCCACUGGCCCUCCAAGGAAGGAUCAUCUAGGGAGCUGGACCAGAGGGCUGGGCCUGAAGGUGCCAAGGGAAGACCCGAAGGAGAGCCCAGGCUGGGCUGUUGCCUGCCCAUCCCCGGACUGUCCCCACAGGAAGGGCCCUGUGCACCACUUCAAGUGCACCCCAUGCGGGGCAUGAAGCCCUUUCCCAGACACUGCCACAAACACGAACCUCACCCCACACGGUCCUCCCGAGGACAGGGUGACAGAGCCCCCUUGCCCUGCCCAGAACACCCCACCCACGGGGAGUGGGCUCCUCCGAGAGGCGGAGUCUAAUAGAAGGCUGAACACUG